AUGUCGGCGAGAUGCCAGGUGCACCCGGCGGUCAUGCAAGACCUAGGGCUCUACCCCGGCGACCCUGUCUUGGCGCUCACCCUUGUCGGAGGGCGGUCAUCUUCGGCGGCCGCUGCUUCUUCCCUUAUUUCGGCCGCCGCAGCGGGUUCUGAGAGCGUCGGCGGUACUGCUAGCGGCGUGUUCAAGGGCCCGGCACCGACGGCAGACAACUUCGCCCCGGGGGGCACGUUGGAGCUCCGGUGCCUGCUAUGCACGAUCUGGGCCAACCCGCACCUUGCGCUGGCGGAGACGGCUGUCGACGGCAGGAUUCACAUUCCGGUGCCGGCAUCCGCCCUUGCUGUCGCUGCCCCGUCCGAUGCACCCCUGCCGAUAACCGGGGCGGUGGCAGCCACUACCGAAUGCCCGGCUGAUGCCCCGUCGCCCCCCUCCGACGCAGCAAGAGCCGCCGCCGCCGAAAGCCCGAGCCCUACCGCCACCACUGUCGACCCCCCCGCGCAGAAUCUGAUCGCUCGAUUCCUGAGGGCGGCGAACGCCUCCGGACGGGAGGCGGAGAAGGACGGCGAGGGUUACCAGGUAGUUGGAAUCGUUCCUGUGCGUUCUUUGCGGAACGGUCCUGGAACCGGUACGCCGGUGGGGCGUAGGGCUGGGCGCGGGGGCGAUGCGUCACCACCCGCGGCGGGGAGGGUUUCCGCACGGGUGCUUCGGUCCUCGAGGCGACACCGGGGCUCCGCGGUAGGAUUUUUAGGGGGGAUGGGUGGCACCGCAGUGGCUGCGGCGGCGGGGGUGACCGGCGGCAUUCCGGGGGAGAGCGAUGCGUCGUCGCUGCCAGCCUCACCGCCGGCGUUUGAGCACUCGUUCCAACAACGGCAGCAGCAGCGGUAUCUUCCACCCGAGUACACGUCGUUGCUCAAGCGCUCCCUGAGACAUCUCGUCGUGACAGACAGCUGCGAGGUCGCCGUCCCCUCCUGUCCGCGGAGCACGGGCACGAUUCUUGAAGGACCUACGGCGGCGGGGGUGGGGGAGUCAGCGAAUGGCGAUGGAGGUGGUAGUGGUGAUGGUGGUGGGAAAGAGCACCUACCGGCAGAUGGCACAACCUUCCUUCGCAUUGGCGUCGGGGACAAAGGUGGCGGCGACGGUCGCCGGGGAGAGGGGGGCGCCCUAACCUCGCUGUUGGGCGGCGCGGUGUGCGUAGUGGGGCCGGAGUCGCUGGUUCUAGUGGAAAGUGAGGAGAGUAGAGGGGUCGGCGCGAGGGACAGUGAUGUCGAGGCGGGACCACGACACAAAGGGGUGCGGGUACUGGACGGCGCAAGCGCGGGUGGAAGGGGGAGCCCUGGGAAUGACCGACAACGUCGAGAGGAAGUAUCACGUGAACCAAGGCCGCGGGACGGCGGCAACAGAGGGGUGAGGAAGGUUUCCACGAUGACACCGACAGAGGCGUUGAUGGAGCUAAUGCUGCUGCCCAUGACCGCGACAACACCGGCCAAGGCGGCCGGAGGCGCUGAGCUGAAACCGUUGGAGUCCUUGGUCCCCAGAGGCGUGUUGCUCACGGGACCCCCUGGGGUAGGAAAAACCUUCGCCGUCAGGAGCGCUGUUGAGGCCGUGAGGAAUGCAGCUCCUCGCCCUUCUUUUUCGGGGACGGGACGAGGAGAGAUGGACGGCCCGUUCCAGGUUCGACUGACGACGCUCAACGGCGCCGAAAUCCUGUCGCUCGGGCAGUGGGAAGCCUGCCAGGCGUUGCGAGACGCGUUUUCUGCGGCGGAAGAGUGGAGCAAGGGCGAAGGGGGGGGGAGGGCGAGGGGUAACAGAUGUGCCGUCAUAUUCCUGGACGAGGCGGACGCUCUGCUAGCCAGGCGGGACCGAGACGGCGAUAAAGCCGGGGGUGGGGAAGGCGCCAGGGCGCUGGCACAGCUGCUGACUCUGAUGGACGGCUUCCGAGGGGCUGAGGGAUCGUCGCACGUGAUCGUAGUCGGGGCUACCAACAGGCCCGGAGCGUUAGACCCCGCCUUGAGAAGACCGGGAAGAUUCGACCGCGAACUGGCGCUGGCUCCACCCGAUGUGAAGGAACGAGCAGACAUCCUGCGACAUCACUUGAUGAGGGUCAAGGUCGCUGGAGGGGAAUCAACCAUCGAAACGGUGUCCCGCAAGUGCGUCGGCUACGUGGGCGCCGAUCUCGCCGCCCUCGCUCGAGAGGCCGCCCUCUUGGCCGCCAGGACCCAGGCCUCCCGACCAUCUCGCCACGAUGGCGAAGAGAAUCGGCCAUUGGCGGCGGCGUCGAAGGAGGCCUUGGUGGAACCCGAGCACCUCUCUCUGGCGAUGGAAAAGGUGGGGGCGUCGUCGCUACGGGGACACCAGGUUACCGUCCCUGACACACCGUGGUCGGAUAUCGGAGGAAUGGAGGAGGCGAAGGCGAGGCUGAGGCAGGCGGUGGAGUGGCCGGUCGUCCACAAGGCCUCUUUCGAUCGGAUGGGGCUUACACCCCCUAGGGGAAUUCUACUCUUCGGCCCCCCCGGCUGCAGCAAGACUACCCUAGUUCGCGCCGCGGCUACAGCUGCCGGCGCGACAUUCGUGUGCCUCUCGGGAGCCGAUGUGUUUUCCCCUUACCUGGGAGAAGCGGAGGCAGAGAUCAGGCAAGCCUUUCGGAUCGCUCGGAAUGCCGCGCCUGCCAUCCUCUUCUUCGACGAAAUCGACGCAAUCGUCUGCAACAGGGGCGGUGGGGGCAAGGGGUCCGCAAGCUCGGCGGAGUCGCGUGUGCUGGCGACGUUCUUGACGGAGAUGGACGGAGUCGGCAGCCUCAAGGGGGACGGGGUGGUCGUUGUCGGGGCCACGAACAGACCGGAGGCGGUGGACCGCGCGCUUCUGCGGCCCGGGCGAUUCGACCAGGUGGUCUACGCCCCGCUGCCCGAAGAGAACGCAAGGCGGCAGAUCUUCGAAGUACACACGAGGAGGAUGGCGGUCGACAGGGAAGACGUCGACUUCCUCAGGCUCGCUGGCGUCACCAAGGGCUUGACGGGGGCUGAAAUAGAGGGGGUCUGUAGAGAGGCCGCGAUGUCGGCCAUCAGGGAAGCCGGGUUCGGGGGCGACGCAGACAGCAGCACCGACGCCAGCAGCAUCGCCGCAAUCAACACCACCACUAGCAGCAGCACCAUCGCUGCCGACUCGUGCCGACAAAGCGAAGACGAUGUUGGUCCGGAAGAGGUGCAGCAGGCCACGACGAUGGGUAGGGGGAAAGAGAGGCGGAGCGCUGCGGUAGCGAUGCGGCAUCUCAUGGCGGCGGCCGAGGCGGCGGCAGCCAGGCCGGGGGUGACGCAGGAGAUGAUGCAGGGGUACAACCGGUUCGCCUCUGGUCUUGCAUGA